AUGACAAAUUACAGCACAACUAAGGAUACGACAGUUUUGGGUCAUUUCAUACCGAAAGACACCAGAGUUAUAGUCAACACAUAUGCGCUUCACUCCGAUCCCAAAGUAUGGGACACUCCUAAAGAGUUUAUUCCCAACCGAUUCCUAUCAAGUGAUGGCAAAAAAGUACUCAAAUAUGAGACUUUCAUACCAUUUCUAAUAGGUAAGCGUUCGUGUAUUGGGGAGACGUUAGCACGAGUGGAGGUAUUCCUGUAUUUCGUAUCACUUCUGCAAAGAUAUAGAGUUAGUGCUAAGAAUGUGGACAUAAUGUCAGCCAUAGCUAAGAGGUUAACGAUGAAUGCAAAGCCAAAGGAUGACCUAAUCCUCGAGUUUCACAAACGAUUAUAACAUAAUGUGUUGAUAUAAUAUUAUAUUUAAUACAGUUGCCUGUUAAAUAUACCUGCCGAUUCAAUGGAGCAGUAAUGUAGUC